AUGAAAAUAGCUCCGUCAGUGACAACGAAGGAACAUCCGCGUCUUAAAUCUUAUUCUGCGCACCUCAACUCAAAACCACAAACUAUUCGCGAAUUGACCCGAAAUGGAAUGAAAGAAAUUGUUGUGAAGAUUGAAAGGAAUGUUAACGCAUCACAAGAAGCUGCAAUGAAAGAGUUCGUCAAUCAUUUGCCUUUGUUUUUUAAAAACAAGGAUGCAUUCAUAGUAUCAUCAACUCCUUUCGAAACCACUUUGAAGCAUUAA